AAAAGAAAAAUAUCCAACCAUCUUCCUUCCUCUCUUGGAAACCCACCCCAGUGUCAUGGAGACGUCUGGUCGGCUUCUGUCAAUCAGACAUACACCAUUAGCUUACGGUGUAUAUCUCUCACGUUGCACCUUACCUCAGUAACGCUGCAAGUGCAAUGAAACCCGUCUAACGUCUCUCUAUCUAUAGGGUUAGGGUUUUGAGAUUUUCCACUGUUUUUCUCAUCUGGGUCUUCUUAGAAAUGGAUGAUUACCCUCAGUUGAGCGAGAAUAAUACAUCUAGAGGUAGCUUUUUAUAUGCUUCUCCCUCACUUGCACCGAAUUUUUCGGUGUAUGGCAGAAGCAGCAGUGGUUCCAGCUUCCAGCAGCCUCUCCCUAUGGCGUCUUUUCACCAUCAAACCGCUUCGUGCUUUCUCUCGGAAGCUUCUCCUACUGUGAAAAGUGAAGGAGGAGGGUCUUCCCAUCAGCAGCUGAAGGAAUUUCACUACCCUUUGGUAGUGAGAGGAGGAGAAGGGCAUGGAACAAUACAACAACAGCAAGGGAAUGGGAGUUCCAACGACGUGGAUGCGAUCAAGGCGAAGAUCGUCGCCCACCCUCAGUACUCUAAUCUCUUGGAAGCAUAUAUGGAUUGCCAAAAGGUUGGAGCCCCACCUGAAGUAGUGGCACGCCUUGCUGCCAUCAUGCAAGAGUUUGAAACACGGGAACGAUCGACAGUCAGUUGCCGAGACGCCUCGGCGGACCCCGAACUUGAUCAAUUCAUGGAAGCUUACUAUGAUACGCUCGUGAAAUACCGAGAAGAGCUAACAAGGCCUAUACAAGAAGCCAUGGAUUUCAUGAGGAGGAUUGAGUCUCAACUCAACGUUCUAACCAACGGGUCCGUACGCAUCUUAACUUCAGGUGAGAAAUGCGAGGGAGUUGGUUCGUCGGAAGAGGAUCAGGACGGUAGUGGGGGAGAAACGGAACUACCUGAGAUUGAUCCUCGUGCGGAAGACCGAGAACUCAAGAGUCACCUGCUGAAGAAGUACAGUGGGUAUUUGAGCAGUCUUAAGCAAGAGCUUUCAAAGAAGAAGAAGAAAGGGAAGUUGCCAAAGGAUGCAAGGCAGAAGCUACUCAACUGGUGGGAGCUGCACUACAAGUGGCCAUAUCCGUCGGAAGCGGAGAAGGUUGCCCUGGCGGAGUCAACAGGGCUUGACCAGAAACAGAUAAAUAACUGGUUUAUAAACCAAAGGAAACGUCAUUGGAAACCAUCUGAGGACAUGCAAUACAUGGUCAUGGACGGCCUCCAUCCGCAGAAUGCGGCCCUCUACAUGGACAGCCACUUCAUGGCUGAUGGUUCUUAUCGUCUAGGUCCGUGAUGCGGUUAUUUUUCGGGUGAGAGUGGAAAAUGUUUUUCUUGUUAUUUUAUGGUUUGGCUGGGCAUUCAUCUCUAAUGACCGGCAUCAUAUAAAGUUAUGUAUUAUCUUGUAGCAUUUGUAUAUGUUCUUGAGAUUAAUUCAAGAUGAUGAGAUGCUUGCGAGUCCAACAA